UGAAAACGCAGCUCGGGUUUGUUUCCAAACGAGCUGCUAUAAAUCACAGGGGUCAAACUCCGGUCCUUCAGGGCCUCGGGGACAAAACACUGGACUGAAAUGGCUUAAUUACCUGCUCCUUGUGUGGAGGAGACCACCUGAGCCUUAAUGACCUCAUUAUUGUGUUCAGGUGUUGGUGCAGUUAAAGGUUGCAGCUCAGUGUCCCUCCAGCUCAGAGGCCUUCCAGCUGCUCCAGCCUGCUCCACAACUCUCUGCUCAGCUGACGGAGAACCAGACAUUCCUAUGGCUGAAAAAAUCAUUGUUUUCUUUGACCUGGAGGCCACCGGAUUAGAUACUUCACGGUGUGACAUCAUCCAACUGGCCGCUGUCUGUGAGGAGAGGGUCUUCAAUAGAUUCACUGUCCCUCAACAAAACAUUGACGAGGGCGCCUCGGAGGUCACAGGCUUCAGAGUGCGCUCCGGCCGCCUGUUCCUCCGCGGGUCUCCCGUGGAAACCGUCCCAAUCGUUGACCUUCUGACCUCCUUCAUCGACUUCCUGCGCUCCUUCCGAGACCCCGUAGUGCUUGCGGCCCACAGUGUGAUGAGUUUCGACGCGCCCGUGUUCACCAGAGUGUUGAUGAAACACGACCUGCACAAUCAGUUCCAGGAGGUGGUGUCGGGCUUCCUGGACACCUUCCUGCUCAGCAAGAGACUCUUCCCGAACAUCAGGGGCCAUUCUCAGGUGUCUUUAGUCAGGAUCUUUCUGGGGAAGUUCUACGAUGCUCACAAUGCAGAGGAAGACGCCAAGAUGCUGCAGGAGCUGUAUAAGGUGUGGAGACCUGAUCACAACAGUGUCUUCAAGAGUACUUUUAACGUAAAUUAAAUGUACUUUUACGAACGGAAAAAGUCUAAUUAUGUACCCUGAAAACGACAGGUUCUGAGUGAGGAUAAAUGUGGCUUCUUUUUAUGUCCUCAUGCACCUCUAAUUCAAUGGAAAUAUUAAACAAUGAAAUGAGGUUAAAAAUUUUUGUAAUCGGAGAAUAGAAAGGAAUGAGACCCGUUUAAUUUUUUUAGUCCUGCGGCUGUGCACUUUGUUGUUUCUGAGAAGUACGGCUCAGUCUAUUUGUAAGAACCAUUAAAACUUAACUUUCUACUCAUUCCUGAAAUCUCUUAUUUAUACCAAAUCACAGAAGCCAGACAGGGAUUUUAUGUGUACACUGAAAAUUUGUCUUCUGCUUAACUUGUGAAAUAAACAUGUUCUAAAGUG